UGGGUCGAUACAAUUCAUCCUCAGGCUGUGUUCUGACCUGUUCUUCUUGUCACAAUGGAGGGAUUUGUGAUGAUGAAACAGGACAAUGUAUCUGUGCUCCAGGAUUCAAGGGAGAAACAUGCGAAAAGGGUUGCGGCGGUAACCGUUUCGGAAGAUCAUGUGAAUAUAGAUGUAAUACAUCAGUAGACGAUUAUACCGCUUGUAGAGGAAUUCAGAUGUGCUUACCAGAUCCAUAUGGAUGUUCUUGUGCACCAGGAUACAAAAGCCUGAAUUGCACCACAGAAUGUGAUCCAGGUGAGUUUGGAGCUAGUUGCACGGAGACAUGUCACUGUGUAUCAGGCGAGUGUGAUCGAUUUACUGGAGUUUGUGCAGGAAGCUCCACGGAGUGCCAGCAUGGCUGGGCUGGGAGUAGCUGUCAAAAAUGUCUGGCUGGCAGGUUUGGUCGGAAUUGUUCAGGUACAAUUGAAGUCGAAAAUACACCGAAGAACAUGGGUCAAACGAAUAUACAGUUCUCCUGCCGCGGAGAGGGUGGAGAGUUCUUGUCAUCAGUGCCACCGGUUGUAGGCCUCUACCGGGUAACGGAUGGCUCAGAACGGUUCUCAGAUGGAGGAAUUACUAGCAUCGGAAAUAUUCAGCAUGAAUCUGAAACUAUUGAUUACUUUCAAGUCGAUUACGUAACGGCGGAAGAUCUGUUUGUCUGCAUCUUCUACGAUGUUAAUAGUUACAGAAGUGCUGAGGUUGCUGCUGACAUGAACAGUAGGUGUCUCAGAAAUAAUUAUUCACUAUUUUUUCAAAGUAUGGGCUGA